CACUUUGAGCACACAGCAACAACAAAGCUCAGAAUAAUUACCCUAUAUCAGUUACUACAUAACUGUGCAAUAUAUCAACAUGGCAAACAAAACACAAUAUUCCUCUGCUCUGCUGCUUUUCCUCAUUGUUAUUUCUGCGUUCAGAUCCUCUCAAGCUGCAGGGAUUGCCAUAUACUGGGGCCAGUUUACCAAUGAAGGCACUUUAGCCGAAACUUGCAACACAGGCAACUAUCAAUUCGUCAACAUAGCUUUCCUCACCACCUUCGGCAACGGCCAAACACCAGUGCUAAACCUCGCCGGUCACUGCGAUCCCGGUGCAGGUACAUGCAAAAGCUUGAGCGCCGACAUCAAAGCUUGCCAAGCAAAACGCAUCAAAGUCCUCCUUUCUAUUGGAGGUGCUUCUGGAAGCUACUCUCUCUCUUCCGCCGACGAUGCAAAGAAGGUCUCCGAUUAUCUCUGGAACAACUUCCUCGGUGGACAGUCAGAUUCUCGUCCGUUCGGCGACGCGGUGUUGGACGGCAUCGAUUUCGAUAUCGAAGCCGGUUCCGGACAGUUCUGGGAUGAGCUUGCGAGGUCACUCAGCGGUCACACUGAGAAGAAGGUUUACUUGGCUGCGGCUCCUCAGUGUCCCAUCCCUGAUGCUCAUCUCGACGGCGCCAUCAAAACGGGCUUGUUUGAUUACGUUUGGGUUCAGUUCUACAACAACCCUCCAUGCCAUUAUGCUGGAAAUGUGGACAACCUGAUAAAGUCGUGGAACCAGUGGACCUCUUCCCAAGCCAAACAGUUGUUUAUGGGAUUACCUGCUUCUGCUGAGGCGGCUCCCGCAGGCGGAUAUAUUCCUCCAGACGUUCUUAAAUCUCAAGUUCUUCCCAAAAUCAAGACUUCUCCCAAGUAUGGAGGAAUUAUGCUUUGGAGCAAACAGCACGAUAAUGGAUAUAGCACCGCCAUUAAAGGCGAUAUCUAAGUUCGAUAUCUCCGUAGAUGUUGUUCCCCUAGAUUUUAUUAUGAUUUUGAAUAAGUUGUAGGGGAUUAGGGGACCAAUCCUUACCUGUUGCUGUAAGGAUAAUUAUAUGCUUCGCUAUGUAAGUAUAAUAAGUUGUUCUGAUGACAAAUAAAGCAUUAUUAUUAUUAUUA